AUGUGCGAAUCAACUAGUUGCAACAUUUAUAUACUAAAAAGCUCAAUUAAUGCUAUGAGUUUCGAUGACAAGACAGAAAAUCAGUCUGUCACAAUGAAUGUCUCUAUAGAAAGGUUAGUGACGCUUUUAGAUCGAUUAUUAGACUUACAAACAGAGGCGGGGACACAUGAAUCGAAAACAUCCUCGCUAUAUGGACUUCUUUCAAAGUUCCCUCUGGAUGGCAAUGCACAAGGCUCGAUUAGAGAUUAUGUGGAACUGGAGAUAUCUCAGAGAUUUCUUAAUUUAAAGAGUACAGACAGGAAUUUUUUACUGGACGCAGAGGCGUGGGAACAUUUGGCCACUUUCGAUUACGAACAGAACGAAAUUAUUUAUAGUGUCGUUCUGCAGGUGAUCAUCUCUUUGAUGAAUAAUUCCCUAAUCAACAAACAGGUAGUGGCUAAUGAAGUAAACAUAAAAGAGUUGAUAAAGGGGAAAAUAGAACAAACAACUAAUGAUCUCGUAUCGGGGGGGUUAAUCGAACUUUACUAUCAAAUAUUAUCUGUUAGCUGCACACCUAGUGAUCUUCUCUACUUAUACACCAAUCUCCCUGAAUACAAGACUCAAUUUUUCUAUAUAUUAAACAAUUUGGGGGAGGAACUGUCGGAUCCCUACUCAGAAUGUUAUCUUGAGUUCGAAAAUUGUUAUCAAAGAUAUGAUCUAAACACACCAAAAGAACAGUUGACUAUCAGUAUUUGGAUAGAGUUUUUAAACAUUACCUCCAAUAGGAUUUUCACCAUUGGACAAGACCUCUCUUUAGAAGUUAAAGAAAAUACCCUUAGUAUCUCCAAUGAUGAAUUUAUAUUGGGUAUAUUUGACAUGUUUGAUAUCCUGUUGUUUACCUUAUAUCAUAUUACCAUACUCAUCGAUAGAGACAAUAUAACGCUAUACGUCGAUGGAACCUACGUCCAGUCGUUAAAUAUUUUACACGGAUCUGUGCAAGAUAUAUAUUACAUUGAACUAGGGUCUAUGAUGUGCCUAUUUAAGUUGUAUCGAUUAAUUUUAUGGGGAGGUCUUCUUCCGGAGUCAUCUAUACAGUUAGCCGAUCAACUAGUCUUAUUUCGGAAUCCCCCAAAGGAAUGGAAUAAUCAUAAUGAUUCAAUUAUACCUAAGGUACCUGGAACUCUAAUUGAACAAGGGACUGUGCUGCACGUUGCGAAAGAUAAUAUUGAACUUGAUGUUCUCCCGUCGAGAUGGAUAGCUGUGAUGCGAAAGGAUCCAACCACAUAUACUGUAAGUUUAUCAGAAGAUACAUCACUACAUAACAGCAAGUGUUUCUAUUACCAGAAUGCAAAUAUAAUAUCUUCCAUGGAUACUAUCUAUGUCUUUAGGAUAAUAGUUCACUUGCUUGGCAGAGCUGAAGACAUGGACUACUUUUACAAAUGCUUAGAACAUCUUUUUAUCAUACUAAAAAACCCUUACUUGAAGCAUCAAUUUGAAACUGAGUUUGGUUAUGCGUUAUUGAGUGCAUUGUUGACUAGAAAUGUACUAAAACGAAUUAAUGAGCCACUUUCUAUUGAGUUUUGGAAUUUAGUUUUGGAAUAUUGUGGUUUGAAUAUCAGAGAUCCUUCAUUAUCAAUUGUUAAAAACAGAGAAGCUUACAAAAAUUUAGUGCUAAACUUGGAAUUAUGGAUAUCUUGUACUCACAAGACACCAGCCGUUUAUGAACUGGUCAGGUUUCUUCUGUUCCAAAUAGAUUGGAUUCAGAAUUCGAACAAUCGGAAUUACAAUAGGAUGCAACUUCAAGGAUUGAAGAUUAUUGAAUCUUUUACUAUACAACAACAUUUGGGAUUUAACAAGAACUCCACAGACAACAUCUUUAUUGAAAUGAGUUCUGAUUUUGUCAAUUUUUAUAAAUCACUGUUGGAUAACGAUUUAACAUCAAGAAAUAUAUUUUACUUCCUAUAUUUUGUACACUACGAGAUCAAGUGUAGUUUUUUCAAAAGUGCAAGGAUUGUUUUAAAAGCUCUGGAUGCUGUAUUUUUUGCAGCAAUCAAAGCUGAUGACCAACAUGCAAUUAGCAAAUUAUGCCAGGCGCUAUCUCUCAAGCUGUUAAUGCUAAUGCUUGAUUCUACCUCCGAAGAUGAAGAUUUAAAAAUUGUAAUCCUUUCGAUAUUAUUCAAGUACCUUCGACUGCGAACUGACACACGCAAAACCUUUGUGAGAAGCCGUGGCUAUAUUUUGUUAUUUUCAAUUUUGAAAGACUCGAAACAAAGUACUAUGGGCGAGGUCAUAAAACUACUGUUUGCCUUUUCUUUAGGUGGUAACUUAGAUCCAAUUAAGUUAGAAACUGAUGACAGAUUAAUAAUCCCAACAGGUGAAAAAGUGAAGAAAAUUAUAGUCGAAAUUCACUAUUUGAUAAUCUCUUUACUUGAAUAUUCUGUGAUGAAUGACAUAAAGGAAAAUAAGCAAAAUGAAUUACAAGCAAUUGUUUGUGAUUAUAUUAGUGAGUUAUCUGCUAUCCAAGAAAGGCAAGAUAUAUAUUCCAUAUUUGAACCUGAGGCAAGCAAAGUUCCCGAAAAGUUAGUGAAUUUACUUAUAACGCUAAGCAAACCUCAAAAUGGAUUAAUAUAUGAAGAUGCAACACGCCUUAUCCGCAAGUUCGUUUCUAAUAAUAUAUUAUAUCACAUAAAGAACAAUAAGCCUCAUGAAUUCGUCAAUUACCUACAGGCUUUACUAGAUAUGAAAGGGACCUCUGAUAUUUAUAGUGGCCGACCUGCUACUUCUAAAACCAUAAACUAUAUUGCGCCAGCUAUUUCAAUAGGAAUUAUGCCAGUUGUCUCGGAUGAACUUCUUAGGUUGGGACCUCAGUUAGAUAGUUUAUUCACUGAAUAUCCGAAUAUGCUGAGAAACGUCGUGCAUUUUUUUGAAGAAAUCAAAGAUUGUUUACCUUCAAUUAUGUUUGAACCUUCAACGUAUUUGUCCAUCCACCAGUGUAUUCUGACCAUUUUAGAGUCGGUUAAGCAUUAUAACUUUUUAAGAAGGAAAACAACACAUUUGAACUCUUUGAUACAAACUGAGGAGCUUAACAUUUACACGCUUCUUAAUUUAGUUAUGGAAGAGAAGCUCGAGUUAUCUGCAGAACAAUGGACACAAUUUUUCAAGUCUUUAUUAUUUUAUCAAGAAUCAUUGUUCAGCGUACAAGUAAACAAGUUUGAAAGAGAAUUUCCUGCUUCGUUCGUUUUGUUUCUAAUAUACUACAUCCAACGCGCAGACCCUGAAGAAUCAAGAACUCUACCCAUGAAUUGUUUACGCACCAUACUAAUUCAUCAAGGCGUUGAUGCACAAUCUCUAGCUCCAGUUAUAAGCCGUCAGUAUAGAGAAGACAUUGCCAAUUCAUUCUCACAAAUUCUGGUCUCAAACGACGAUGAAGUUUUUGAAUUGUUGUUGUCACUGAAAAUAAAGGCUAUACUUGAUCCAAUACGGCCUGAAUUUAUCCAGCAUACGUUAGCUAAGAAAAUGUCUUUAACUGGUAGGCAUGAAAUAAUACCUAAUGCUAAAGUCACAGCUUCACUACUACAAAUGAAGCAGCAUCUAAUUGAUAAUAACUUGUUGGAAGCGCAGAAGAUUCAUCAAUUAUUUAAGAGAGACAAUAUUAGUUUCUCUCAGAAAAUAGUAGCAGCUGAGGAAAAGAGAGUCUUGAACUUCUUCAACGAUAUCGAGGAUGAUGUCAUUUUUUACUUUAAUCGCAUUUACAAUUUGGAUAUUGAUGCGCUAGAAUUCAACAAGCUCCAUGGAUAUGAUAGUGAAUUGGAAUUAAUUUGGAAUAUAGAUACAUGCGAGGACUGUAAUCGCAUGAAAAAGAGGUUAAUUGGUGUCUAUGAUCAUCCAUCACAAAUAGCUUUGGAGCCCUCUACAUCAGAUAAUAUGCGUACUUCUUCUCCCAGUGUAAUAAAAAGAUCUUCUAGCAGUAUUAAGUCAUACUGUAUUGUUGUUGGAUUCGAAUCUCUGAACCUAUCGCAUUUAGAAGAAGAUAAUAAUAGGAAGGUGUUACGAAGCCUAAAGGAUGGUGACUUGGUUAAACAAAUUUGGAAUUGUAGUCGCGUGGUAGGAUUAAAUGUUCACGAAGGUAUCCUGGUUAUGGGAAAUAGAUAUCUAUAUUUUAUCACAAACUACUUCUUCUCUGCGAGAAAAAAGUCCGUCAUAAACAUAUCUGACGCUCCAUACAAUGAACGGGAUAAAACAGCUGCAUUAAUAUCAGGAUCUUCGGAAUGUUCAAACGAUGAUACCAGGGACCAUAAUAUGAUAUAUUGGGACCUUUCAAAAUUAACUUUUUUGAUUAAGAGACCAUUUUUGUUGAGGGAUGUUGGUGUGGAAUUUCUAUUUGAACAUGGUAAGAAUUGUUUUUUAAGCUUUUCCACAUCAGGUGUCAGAGAUGAUGUCUAUCGCUACAUGGACAAGCUGCCAAGAAGCCAUGAUAUUGACCGAGCAUUAUUUGAAACGUUAGAUGAAGUAAAUAAACGUACCCAAGAUAUUGGAUUUAGGAAUGGGAUAUCUUCAGUUUCAUUAUCAACUAAGUUUGCUAAUGUAUUUUCUCCGCCAUCUAAUCUAUUGGAUACAUUUGACGCAAUAAACUUAUGGAAAAAUGGUUACAUCUCUAAUUUCUAUUAUUUAAUUAUUAUAAACACGUUAGCUGGGAGAACUUUCAAUGACUUAACUCAAUAUCCAGUGUUUCCAUGGGUGGUGGCCGAUUAUAUAAGCGACGAACUUGAUCUCAAUGAUCCCAGAACAUUUAGGGAUCUAUCGAAACCAAUGGGUGCCCAGGAUAACUCAAGAAUGCAGCAGUUCAUAGAACGCUAUGAAGCAUUGUCUUCUCUAGGUGAUGAAAAUUCACCUCCAUUUCACUACGGCACACAUUAUUCAUCUGCCAUGAUUGUAUCAUCCUACAUGAUUAGGUUAGAGCCUUUUGCUAAGUCAUAUUUAUUGUUGCAAGGCGGCAAAUUUGGGCCUCCAGAUAGAUUAUUCAAUUCAAUUGAACGUUCAUGGAAGUCUGCAUCCAGUGAAAAUACAACCGAUGUUCGUGAGUUAAUACCAGAAUUUUACUAUCUACCUGAUUUUUUGUCCAAUGUUAACAAUUAUAAUUUUGGAUGGCUCCAGUCCGGAGACAAGGUGGGUGAUGUAAUAUUGCCUCCCUGGGCAAAAAAUGAUCCAAAGAUAUUUAUUAGUAAGAACAGAGCAGCUUUGGAAAGUCCAUAUGUAUCAGAAAAUCUACAUAAAUGGAUUGAUUUGGUUUUUGGCUUCAAACAAAAAGGGGAAGGUGCCAUUAAUUCAGUAAAUGUUUUCAAUAAACUAAGCUAUCAUGGGGCUAUUGACUUAGACAGAAUUAACGAUGAAGCUGAGAGAAGAUCUGUGACUAGCAUAAUCCAUAAUUUUGGUCAAACUCCAUUGCAAUUGUUUGAUUCUCCACAUCCAAAAAGAGACUUCAAAGAUGUUUACUCAUUGACUGAUACUUUCUGGGAUACUUUUAAAGCUAUUCCCAAUUCAUCUGUACCAAUCCGGUUACACUGUAGUGAUACAGCUGUUAAAUCACUUACUCUGAACUAUAAAGAGACGACUUCUGUUGAAUGGACAGGGUAUCCAAGUGACAUAAUAGAUAUUUCUGGUGCUUUGGUUACCCUAUUGAAACCGAAUUCCAUUAAAAUCAGAGAUAAAAUAUUCAGCGAUGUACAUCGAACCAUCGUGACCAUCCUCAAGAAUUAUUGUGAUAAUUAUUUUAUUACGGGUGAUGAUAUGGGGCUCAUUAAAGUAUGGAACGUUUGUAAUAAUAAUCAAGGAGAUGUAUCUUUGGAGCUUGUGAAUAAUUGUUGUGGACAUAUGAAUGGUAUUAAAGAGAUUGCUACAGCUAACGAAUAUAACACCAUGUUAACCUUGGAUGUUACAGGAAAUAUGUAUAUCUGGGAUAUCUUAAAGGGAGAAGUGAUCAGAAUUAUAUCGAAAAAUGCAUCAUACAUCGCAAUUUCUGGUAGUACUAGUAAUAUAGCAAUGGUCGAUGAAUCAGACAAUCUCACUGUUUAUGAUCUAAAUGGUUCUGUAUUUACAAGUAUCAAAUUAGAAAAAACGGUAUCUAACAUUGCCUUUAUGAAUUUUGCUUCUAUUGAAAUGCCUAAAAAAAACAUAUGUACUGGAAAGAAAAAGAUAUCAUUAUUGUUGGUUUUCGAGAUUGCACUGUGA